AUGGACGCUUCAUCACAGAAACGAGUCCGAGGAGUCCAUCAGUACAGCAAGGAGACCCGAGACCUGCUGACAGCAAUGAUGCAGCAGAUGACUCUCAGCAACCUCCAACGAAAACAGGUCGAUGACUGUCUGAAAAAUGGCUCAAGCUUGCCACAGAUGGUUGAGCCUUCAUCGUCAUCUUCCUCUCUUCGACCGAAAGCCAGUAAAUGCUCCCAGAAAGUUCUACCAGUUCGGCCUGUUAGACGUAGCGCCGUGUCUUGUCGCUCUGGAAACAGCUAUGUCCGAGAACAAUUCUGUGCCGCUCCCACGAGAGACUUAGAAAAAGAGAAGAGGCAGCUUCAAAACAUCUUCGCAACAGGACGAGACCAAGGACCAGAGGAUGCAGCCUCCCGAAGAAUGUCAGCUCAGGUUUCGGAUUUACAGUCAAAGGAAGACCGCUGUCAAGAAGUUUUAGACGAGAUUGAGGAAAGAAGACAAUUCCUGGCUGAUAUGGCCUCUCUAGGACAGGAGAAGCAGUACAUCCACAUGAUCAACACAGAGAUAUCACAGAAAAUUCGGGAAUUGGAGAUGCUGGAAGGCGAACGUCAGAAGAAGGAAGUGAUGGUGUCUGAGUUGACCAUGGAUCAAAGAUUGUGA